CACUUCAUCAGGAGGCACACGUGAUACCCCGCAUUGGCACCAUUCGCUCCUCUCCAUCGAUUGGAGGACCGAUUGUCGGCGGCUUCCGUCGUUGGCUAGUAGAUAUACCGUUUCGUCUGCAGGUGAUGUAUUUGACUUGACCCUCCCAUUCUCUCUGGAUCCAAAUGGGAAAUUUUACUCAACACGAAUCUCUAGAUCUCGCCGGGGCUGUCAUUCUACGAAUUCAUCUAGACUUUGGUAACCAUCUCGAUAUAUCUAGAGACUGCGAUACCACAGCCGCCAUGUCAACCGCUUUUGUUAGACGCACCACCAAGAUCCUGAUCUUGAACCCCAACUCCUCUGCAUCCAUGACCCAUGGGGUUGAGGAGGCCAUUCGGGGUAUAAAUCUACCUUUGUCGACCGAGAUUUACACCUACACAGCACCACCAGCAUCUCCAGCAUCCAUCAACGACGGUGAUGACGUGCAGCAGAGCGCAGACGUUGUUCUGCGCAACCUCCAAGACACGGGCAUCCUCAAGGAAUAUGAUGCCGUACUGGUUGCUUGCUAUUCCGUGCACCCUCUGGUCCAUCUCGUCCAGGAAAACUGGCCCCAUCUUGCUGUGACGGGCAUUUUUGAAGCGAGCAUCGUAACGUCGCUGUCACUGCUGCCCUACCAAGACAAUUGGGGCAUCGUCACGACCGGGAAGUUCUGGGAGAAGCACCUGUCUGACGGCGUGCACCACUUCGUUGGAAGUGAAAACAGCAACACCAGAUUUGCCGGUGUCGAGACCACUGGUCUGAAUGCUGGGGAUUUCCACGGUGGCGUUGACCCUGUCGUGGUUCGACAAAAGCUAUGCGAAGCUACGAAGAGACUGCUGGACCGUGGCGUGCAGGCUGUAGUCAUGGGUUGCGCGGGAAUGGCUGGUCUGGAGGACAUCAUCAGGUCAGUUGCCACUGAAGGGCGUGGUGAAGAGGCUGGAAAGAAGUUGCUUGUCAUUGAUGGUGUCAAGGCUGGGGUUGGCUUGCUUGAACAAAUGGUCCGUAACAAGCGCAUGUUCCAAAGAUCGUAACAAAGUUGUUCAAAUGUUAGUCUAGGUAGUGGGAAAAAAAAGGAAAAUUGCAGAUAUAAAGCAAACUAAAUGCCCAGACUCCAAACUCUCAACUUGCU